AUGGACUCUAAGAUCAAGCCAACAGGCUACAAUUCAUUACAGGAAGGAGUCAUCGCAUCUAGUGCUAUUAGUACUGCUCAGCAGGUUACAGAUACCGACCCUAAUCUAGUCGAUAAGAACGAUGCCUCAGAUAGUACCGAAUCUAUGUCCUCGGACGACUUUGAGAAGUGGCUUGAACAUCCUGGACACAAAUUUCAAAAUAUUCCAACAAUCCAUAUCACAGAGGCGGAGAUAAUAUCGAACUGCGACAAAGACUCUGUCGAUUUCAAAACGUCGGAUGGCGUUCUUUCCCCGAGGUGGCCUCAGUACGCUGAACUUAAGCCAGCAAUUCAUUCAAGUUCGAAGCUGGGGCCUACUAAUGAUGAUCAAAAGGAUAGGUCUAAAGAAACUGAUAAAUACGAUUCCAAUAUCGAAACAUCCAACAUGCCAAAUAUCGGGGGACCCACAAAGGAUGGCCCUUCCAAAGAUCAAGAAUUAGGAAUAGAGGAAGAAAAUGUGACUCCACGUUUUGCUUCUCUUGAUGGAAGUGGCAAGGCCAGAGCUCAUUCCGAUGGUGAAACGCACAAUUGUCCCUCCAAUCAUAAGGACACAGCUGGCUCCCCCGUGGAAACCAAACAGGCGGCAAGUUCACACUCAAUAUCUCUAUCAGGGAUUGAGAGCAACAGCACCGCAGCUCCUACGCCAAUAAAUACUCAACAAAAUCCUGACAAGGUUGAUGAGCAACCCCUCACCAUGGGAGCACAACCCAGCCAUUGA